GAUCAAUGCGAUAACCAAACAUACUUGGCCAAAUUUUGCCUCAUCACUGGAGAGUGAAUUCUAUGCGCUUGUUAUUUACAGAUUUUGUUGACUAUUUCUAGACAAUCUGAAUCUUUUUUUUUUUAUGUUAGAUAGUCUCUUUAAUUUCAAGAUUGACCAGUAAACAUGACUAGCAUGGUUAUUCGUAUUCAAUCUCCUGACCAUGGGACAAAAAGGAUUGAAGCCAAAGGGUCAGAAAACAUCACAAGUUUUUUAGAAAGGGUCCAGUCUUUGUUUCUGCUGGGAGACACUGGAUGGGAGCUUUACAAAGAACACAAUAAAAAAAAUUUCAUCAAAGCAUCUCGGGCUAAGAAAUUAAGUGACUACCAGAUUAAACAUGGGGAUAUGCUCUUCCUGGAGUUCAGCCACAAAAGUCGGCCAGAUUCUUCCAGCCUGCCAUUCUCUUCAGAGGUUUCACCCCGCCAAUCAACUGAAACAGGACUCGCAAGCCUUGUUCCUGAUGUCCAGGAGGAUGAAGUAGACAGAUUGUUGAGAGAGGAAGAUGGUAAAAUUUACCGGAAACGUAACGAGCAAUUGUGUCGACACGGGCCUCAAGGGAAAUGUCUUCAUUGUGUCCCAUUGGAGCCUUACGAUCAAGAGUUUUUGAGUAAAUGUGAUCCACCAAUCAAGUUUCUCUCUUUUCAUUCGUACAUAAGAAAAUUGACUGGUGGAGUUGACAAGGGUAAAUUUGUCAACUUGGAGAAUUUAAGCUGCAAGAUUAAACCAGGCUGUAAAGAACAUCCUCCGUGGCCAGGUGGAAUCUGUACCAAAUGUCAACCCAGUGCUAUCACUCUAAACAGACAGGAAUACAGACAUGUGGAUAACAUUAUGUUUGAAAAUCCAGCUGUAGCAGAUAGGUUUUUGAAUUACUGGCGAUUCUCUGGCUGCCAACGCAUAGGCAUUUUAUAUGGUCGCUAUGAGGUGUUUAAAGAUGUGCCACUUGGAAUUAAGGCAAGAGUGGCAGCUAUCUAUGAACCUCCACAAAGAACUACAGUCAAUAAAAUAGAACUGUUAGACAACCCAAAAGAGGCUCUAGUCAUGGCUGCUGCAGAGAAAAUGGGAUUACGGCCAAUCGGUUGGAUCUUCACAGACUUGGUAGCUGAUGAUUUAUCCAAAGGAACUGUCAAAAAUUUUAGAGGAAACAUUGAUUCCCAUUUCCUGAGUGCAGAGGAGUGCAUUAUGGCUGCUGACUUUCAAAAUAAGUAUCCUAAUCCCUGUAGUCUGUCACCUGAUGGACAUUUUGGCUCAAAGUUUGUGACAGUUGUUGUUACAGGUGAUAAUGACAAUCAGAUCCACUUUGAAGGCUACCAAGUGUCCAAUCAGUGUAUGGCUCUAGUCAGAGACGAUUGUUUUGUUCCUACGAAAGACGUGCCACAACUUGGCUACAUCAAAGAAUCUGGCAAUGAGCAAUACGUUCCUGAUGUGUUCUAUAAGGAUAAAGAUAACUAUGGGAAUGAAGUCAUCCAUAUUGCCCGACCUCUGCCUGUUGAAUACUUGCUAGUUACUAUCCCAGCAGCCUUUGCUUCAGACUUUCACUACACUUUCAAAUCAAACAUCCAGAGUGAAAGUUUCCCUGUGGAAAACAGAGAAAACAUCGGCCAAACUCAGGAAUUUUCAGCCUUGACUUCUUACCUUGAGAGAUUUCCACCCAACAAGUUUCUGGAAGCCAUGUCAGACUUUCAUUUACUCAUGUUCCUGGCCACUUCUGACAUGUUACCACUUAAAGAUAAAAUGGAUAUCCUCUUUGAAGCAGUUAAGAACCAUGAUGAGGCGAAGGCAAUGGAGUUUAUGAAAACAGAAGAAUGGGCAACUGUGCAGGAAAUGAUGUUUGCCAAUGGUCCCUCCAUGUCUUCCCCAACCAGCAGUAAUACAUCUGGAGCAAGACAGCCCGCUGCCCAGUCUGGGGGUCCCAUGUGGACCUGUGCCCACUGCACCUUCUUGAACCAGUCCAUACACAACAGUUGUGAGAUGUGUUCCCUUCCACAGACUUGAGCCACGACAGUGAUUGAUAAUAUUAAAUCUUUUUAAUCACAGGGAUAGGUUGUUCUUUAAGAAGUUCCUUUUUUUCUCGCAAUCUUUCUUAUAGUCUGAACAUGUAUCAGUCAAAUUAUAAGUAUUUUUUAGGAUAUUUUUUUUUCCCUCUAAAGUAUGUUUCCCUAGCAAAAUUAAAUUGUGUACCAGCUUGGUAAUUGUUACAUGUGCCUAGAAUUCUUUUUUUUUUUUCAAAUGCUGGGAACUUAAAAAUGACUCAAAGCUCAUAUCAUAAAUAAGAUACUAUAACUUUUAAACUAUCACCUUGGAUGGUUAAUUUACUCUUAGCAAAUAGAAUAUUUGUAUUUUGUUUAAGCCUUGUGUAUUUGUCGUUAAUAAUUUUUAAUCCACUAAAAACUGCCUUGACAAAUAGCUAUUUCAUCAAUUCGUUUGUUCCACAUGAUUGAUUCAGAAUACAUGUCUUGUAGCUAGGUCAAGAUUUUAUUUCUUUCUCUGAAUUUUUAUGUUCUUCAACUCACACUUUUAAUUGUCACAAUGUUUUGAUCUAGUUCAGUUAGACUUUGAAAUUGGAUAGCAGUAGGGAUUUAAACUCUAAAUCUAAAUAUUGUAAUACUGGUACUGACAGUAAUGAUUUUAUCAGCCUUUGAGACACUGUUAAAAAGCUAGCUAAUUGCUAUUGGUAACCCUUGUUUUAUCUACUCCAUAUUCAGAGUAUGUUUUUCAGGAAAUUGAUUUUUUUUUUAUUAUCUUUUGUUUUAUUAACACUAAAAUGUUUUUCAUACUCUAAGUACCGGUACAUGGUAUGUUAGUGUGAGAUGGUCUUAGUUAUUAUAGGUCAACUAACAAAUGGCUUAAUGUUGGUGAUAAAUAGCAUUAACAAAAGAAGUUUUACAUUUUUUUUUUAUCCAGCAGCAUAGUCUUGUCACAACUUUUUAAAAACUAUUUAUUAAAACAUUUGAAAAGAU